AUCAUACAAAGCAACGGUAUCGAUGCCUGGUUUGCGGGUGUCUCAGAUUGCCAGCACCAUGUGAUGGGAGCUCCAGGGCAUGCUGCGUGCUCGCCAGGAGGGGCUGGGCAAGAUGGCGUAGUCGCUGGAGCAGCUGCGGGCGCGGCACCGUCGCUCUCACCCUGGCGGAGUGCAGCAACACAGUGGAGCGGCACCAGCGGGACACUCUGGACAACGCAGCCAAGGGCGUUGUCGUGAAGAUACCGCUGGGAGGAAGAAUAUCUCACAAUACUGGAAGAGAGCGGAGGCGGCGCUGCCCCCAUCCUCCGCGCUUGCCCAGGCCUAAAUGGCUGACGGUUGUUGUGGAGGAAGAGGAGACUCCGGUGGAGGAGCUGUUGGUGCAGGAGGAGGAGACCCUGGUGGAGGAGCUGGUGGUGCAGGAGGAGGAGAUCCUGGUGGAGGAGCUGGUGGUGCAGGAGGAGGAGACCCUGUUGGAGGAGCUGGUGGUGCAGGAGGAGGAGACCCUGGUGGAGGAGCUGGUGGUGCAGAAGGAGGAGACCCUGGUGGAGGAGCUGGUGGUGCAGGAGGAGGAGACCCUGGUGGAGGAGCUGGUGGUGCAGGAGGAGGAGACCUUGGUGGAGGAGCUGGUGGUGCAGGAGGAGGAGACCCUGGUGCAAGAGCUGGUGGUGCAGGAAGAAGAGGAGAUGAGGGGGGAGACAGAGGAGUUAUGGACGAAGGAGCAGGAGGAUGAGAUGGUGGUGCAGGUGGAGGAGACAUUGGUGGAGAAGAUGGUGGAGAAAGAGAUGACAAGGAAAGAGGAUCAGGUGAUGAUGCAGGAGGAGAAGAGGAAGCGAGGGAGUCUGGCCCGCAUAGGGAGAACCAUCCGUUCACUCCUCCGACUCGUGCUGCUGUGUGGUAGCCGGUCCACCACACAGUAGAGGUGGCUCUGGAAUAACCCCCCAACCCCUCACCUGGGGUCGGGGGGGGGAACUCGGCCUCUCAACGGUCCCGGUUCUCUCUCUAACUCAGGGUGGCACCCCCUGUCGACUCGUGCCCGCAACUACAGGUGGUGUGUGCUUUGCAUUUCCGACGCUACAUAUACAGCAAGAAAUACUCUACAUAUGUAAUAACAGCCAUAGAGGGUUCACGUGGGGAUUGGCUUGCCGGUCCUGCUUUGUAGCCAAUAAGGGUUGAGAUAGGGAGCAUGACCCCGGCGUGAUCACGGCAUGUCAUCAGGAGUGAUUGGCCUAGCCAUUCGGGGCCCCAGCUAAUGGGGAGCCGGAUGAGAGGCGUGGUCCCGGGAUUGACAGGGAACCAUCGAGAAUGGUCAAGGCUGUCCAUGGAGGAUUGGCUGGGGGGACCACGUGAUGGAAGGAUUAAGAGAGAGUGAGAGAGAACGAUCGGGAGCAGACUGGGGAACGAACAGAGCCACGCGCGUACGGGGGCUCUGGGUGCCACGUGCGCGGUGGGAACUGGUGUGAAGUCUGCCCGCUCUCUGUUGUCUGCCAGCAACAGAGAGUGUGUGAGUAAAGUGUAUUGUGGAAGUGAAAAUAAAGAGGACCGAUUCCGAA